AUGUCUUCAUUAGAUAAAUCAUUAGACGAUAUUAUUUCCACUUCCAGAAAAUCGAUUAAAUCCAAGAGAUUAAAUCGUGGUGGUAAUGGUAAAGUUGGGAAGAAAAUUGGUGCAUCAAACAAAAAGCCAAUUGUUUCUUUCAAGAAAUCAACCCCAGCUGCUCCUAAGAAAUCAACUGCUGUAGACGUGUCUUAUGCUACUAAAGUUGUUGUUUAUGGAUUGCCAAGAGAUAUUAAAUUAGAUGCUAUUAAGGAUUUUUUCCAAUCACAGGUUGGAGGUGUUCAAAACAUUGCUUUAUCUUACAACGAAAAGGGUCAAUUUAAGGGUAUUGCUACUAUCAUCUUCAAAUCUAGUAAGUCUGCUAGUAAGGCUGUUGAAAAGUAUAAUGGUGCUCCAAUUGAUGGUGGAUCUUCUAAAUUGAAAUUAGAAUUAAUUGUUGAUCCUACUAAGAAGCCAUUAACCUCAAGAAUUGCACCUAACAAGGUUACUGGUCCUAAGGUCGCUGGCCCUAAGGCUGCGAACCCUAAGCUUGCUGCCGCCAAGGCUGCUGCUAAGGCCAACUUGAAGAGUAAGAAGGCUAAGCCAGCUCAAGCAAAGAAGCCAGCUAAGAGAUCUAAGAAGACUGUUGAACAAUUAGAUCAAGAAAUGGCCGAUUAUUUCGAUAACUGA